AUGUCUCGUGAUAUCACUUUUACCACCUUCGAUAAUGUCAAAUUGGCGGCCACGGUGUAUAGUGCUGGCGAGAAGCGACCUACCAUUAUCAUGAGCCAAGGGUUUUCAGGUCUGAGAAAGCAUUUCCUUCCCGACUUUGCCGAACGAUUUGUCGCCGCGGGGUUUACCACGUUCACCUAUGACAACCGUUGCUGGGGCGACAGCGAGGGCGUGCCACGAAACCAUGUCGAUCCAAUUCUGCAAACGCGGGACUACUUUGAUGCCUUCAAUUUUGCCAAAACGCUGCCAGAUGUCGACCCCGAAAAUAUCAUAUACUGGGGUAGCAGCAUGUCCGGUGGCAACGUUAUCGCCGCUGCAGCAAUCAACAAAUCGGUCAAGGCGGUCAUCGCCCAAGUUCCGUUUGUGACGGGAGAGGUCAUGAGAGAACCGGCUGCAUUCCUCUGGGAUACCCUCUCCCAAGAUCGAGCCAACGUGGCCGGCGGCAUGGAUGCGAUCAUGGCCUCCAUUAUUCCCAAAACCGAGGAGGAAGCCUUGAGCGGCAAAAGCCAAGCCAUGCUGAAUGAUCUCAACGGUGUGCGGUUUAUGAAGGAGAUGGACAGGCGAGGAUAUGCGUACGAAACGAAGGCCACUUUGCAGAGCUUGAUUCAUGCAGUUUCACACGAGCCCCGGGCAGCUAUCAAACACAUCACUCCUCGCCCUAUGCUGUUUGUGGUUGCUGAAAAUGAUGCAAUCAUUCCAACCCAUACCCAGCUGCAGGUCUUCGAUGAUGCAUCAGGUCCCAAGAAGCUUCACGUUAUCAAGGGUGUCGGCCACUUUGAUCCGUACUAUGGCGCGCCAUUUGAAGAGAACAUCAAAGUCCAACUAGAGUUUCUGAAAGAUAUUUUCCAUUAG